CUGGACUUGGAGGCCUCUCUGAAUGCUACCCAGUUCAAACCGCCGCCUUUCACUCAACAACCUCGGCUCUCCUCUUUUCAACCUGACUCUGCCAGACGUGUAUUCCGACUCCCGCGAGCAUGGGUAUGGUGGCCCGACGCGACAUGUACGUCUUCCUCGAACUACCUCGCAUGGCGGAGGGUCUAUCGCGAAAAGCGAGGAUGGCGUGCGGUGCGUCGUCGCGGGCAGGGAAUCCCUCCGCAUCCUACGCAUGUCGGAAGCAUCCAUAUCCGGGUCCUCCACUCCUACUGAGCACAAGUCGGUGACCGGACGAGGCGGACAUCGGAUCGAGUCAUCGCGCAACUUCUGGGACUCCAGUGGACUGAAGGUCGAUAGCUCAAGCACAGAUGUUGCGUGGUGUCAUGGCGCCUUCAGCAACAAGAUACUCACGAGUGCGCGGAACGGCGAGCUCAUCAUGUGGGAUCUGAACAAGAAUGGCCUCUCCAAGUACGAGCGGCGAACGCGGGACCACGCUAGGUCAAUCCAUGUGCUGCACUACUCCCCUAUUCUACAGUCAUACUGCAUGACCGGCUCCGCGGACGGAGACCUUCGAAUAUGGGACAUACGAGACCUGACAAGAUCAAUAAUGCGAAUACACCACCCUGCUGCCGUCCGAGCGGUCGCCUUCUCGCCCGUGUCAUCGCAGUCGCGACACGUCGUUGCUGCACUGGAUAACGGCAGCAUAUAUCGGUGGGACUUGAAUAUGGGUCAACGCGGGCAGCUCGAUCGCAUCCCCGUCGCCCAUUCGGGACCUAUACUGUCCAUUGACUGGAUUCCGCCAUCCUCCACGACUGCGACUACGCUCCCUUCGACGCGUCAAUCGACCUCUAGCACGUGGUACGGAGGCGCAAUCGAGGAGAUUCUCCCGUCAGCGCCCAUUGCCGGUGGUGCCUCUACAGCAGAAAGCGAUAACACUAGUCCAGGAUGGAUAGUCAGUGGUGGCAUGGACCGCUGCGUCAAGGUUUGGGACCUCACGACACCCACAUCCCGGUCGCGCACAGCUCAUCAACCUAAGUACACGCUGCACACGUCAUUUCCUGUGCGCAGAGUGCUCUGGCGCCCGGGAUAUGAAUGCGAACUCGCGGUGGUUUCAAAUGCGGACUUUGGCGCAGGUACAGACUUUGGGCAUGGCUCGCUGCCUACGGGACCAUCCUCUGCCAGCGUCGGUCUUGGCUCUGGGCUUGCAACUGCAUUGUCCAGUCCACGUCUCACAUCAACCCAUCUGGGUGGAGCUGAGACUCCCGGAACUCCAGACGACCGGGCAAAGUCUCUCACAAGGUCGGAUGGGAGCGACCCCGUAGAGAUAUGGGAUGUGAGGCGAGGUUUCAUCGCGAAGUGGAUAGUGAACGGUUCUGCUGUAGAGGGCGGUGUUACCGAUAUCGAGUUUGGGGACUCGCAUUCGCUGUGGGCGGUGCAUCAAUCCGGGACGUUUUCCCAGCUGGACUUGCGUCAGUCAAGGAAGCCUCUUGAUGCGAUUCCGCGUUCCGCAAUCUCAUGGAAUACGACGGGAGCCAUCGCCUUCGUUGCAGAUCGACCGAAACGAUGGGAGCUGCCUUACGACGACAUUGACCCAGAGGCCGUCAAGGACAAGACGCCGGUCAAGGGCUUGGGGGACGCGCCGUAUCACCCAUCGACGCAGAGCGUUGGCGCAUUUGUCCCCGAAGGCGCUGAAGAAGACCUGGACAUGAUAGAGAAGCUCGCGCGUGGUUACAUCUACGAGGGCAAGGAGAAGCGCCUGAUAUGUGCCCACAAUGCCGAAGUUGCGCUCGACGUCGGUGCUCACGACGCAGCUCAAACAUGGCUACUUCUUGAGUCGCUCCUGACCGAUCUCGUCACUCCUCCAACGCCGCCCCUCUCACCACUACCUAUCACUAAAGCGCCACUUCCUCAUUCCACAUCUGCGCCCGCUGCGAUACCGACGAUAAGUUCAGUCGGAUCGGGUACCCCGCUGCCACAGCGGUCGGUGACCGUCGACCCAUCGCUAUACACCAAACAGAAGGACACUAGUCCAGGCUCGCGCUCAAAGUACAGCGACGAGCGGUAUAACCGCUCGACCUCAGGCCACCGUUCGCCGCACAAGGGCACCCCGACCUCCUCCACGGCUUCGUCUCCACGCAAACCAAGCACAGGGCUACCGAAUGUUCCCGCGUCCAUCUUUGCGCGGCGCGAGUCUGGCGCAGGCCUCCCUCCUCCUAUGCGACCGCGCUUGCCUUCUUCCUUCCGCCGGCCUUCGUUUGGCACGCAAAGCAUGCUCAGCGGACACAGUGAAAGCCCGAGCGCCGAGAGCAUUCGCAACAGUCUACGGCAUGUGGGCGAGGGCGCGCUCGAUGACUCAGACUCCUCCGAGGGCUCGAGUGACCACAACGGUACCGAGGGUGGCGACGAACCGCAGGCGAACAGCGAUCAUGAGGUCGAGAUACCGACGCCUACAUCGGCCACAUCGGCAUCCUCAUCGUCGCGCGCCCCAAGUGCGAGUGCUGCUUUCCUACACCGGAGCACGACGGCAAACCCAAGCCCGCUCUCGCGUGUGGCGGGAAAGCAGACGUGGACGGAGGAUGAGAAGGAGGACGAGGACACACCCUCGCCUGCGUCUACGCCCGAGUCAUCUGGGGGCGAGGAGGACGAGUAUGGGUACGACGCAAGUGGGGAUGAGCACGCGCUCGCGUUCAUGUCCGCCUCUACAUCUGCCUUCCCCUCUCGCCGGACCUCGAUGGUGCGCAUGCCUCGCCGCCCCUCGGCGCGCAGCACCACGCGGAGCCGGAGCUCGACCGUCGCCUCGCUCGCAGUCGCCACCACUGUGCCCGCGUCCAGCCCCAUCCCCGCCCCGCCGCCCUCUCCUCAGAUGCCCAGCCGACGCCGCUCAGUCGCGCGACAAGAGUCGACAAGUACAAUCCGCACGGUGACCGUUGAAGCGCCGCCCGCGGGACGCACGGACGGCGGCUUGUGGCGCGACGAGACCGUGCGCGACCUCUCGGGCGGGCGGGCAGCGUCGAUCCGGCACGCGCGUGCGCGCUCGGAGGCGCGCUCUGCCGAUCUCUUGCUGGACCCGGAGCGGGUGGGGACGGGCGAUGCGGGCGCCGGUGUGCAAACGCCGCAUAGCUCUGGUCGGACGAGCAGCGACCAAACGAAAGCGGCGGUGCGGGAGGCAGAGGAGAGGAUGCGGCAGCUUGGGUGGGAAACGGUGCGAGAGCGGUUUGAGCAGUACACUGAUCAGGGCGAUAUCAUCAUGUGCGCGGUGAUGGCGCUAGUGGUCGCCGAAGAGCUCAAGAUUUCAAAGUCCCGAGUUGCUCGUUUUGUCGAGGCUUAUAUCGAGAUCCUCAGUCGCUUGCGCCUACAUACCUGUGCGGCGUAUCUGCGCAAGUUCUCACCGGUUGAGGAUGUAGCGGCCACUACUUCGCUGCACACUACCGUGUAUACCGCAUGUGCUAAGUGUCGCAAAGCCAUUCUGCAGCCUGCAGGGCCUUUAACUCGCGGUGGAAAACCCUCGGGGAGCUAUGCCUACUGCUCCAGUUGUCAGAAGAACGUCGCCAAGUGUUCAAUCUGUCACCUUCCAGUACGGGCGCUGAUGUUCCAGUGCCCAGUAUGCCUGCACGGCGGCCACCAAGACUGCAUCCGCGCGUACUACGUGCGACGCCCUGCCGACGAGCUAUCCCCGCCGCCCCAGCCCGCCGGCCUCGCGUCCCUCCGCAUCGGCCGCAGCUUGGAGGCAAACCCGCCACGCGGGCGCGCACAGUCGCGGGCGGGGUCGACGCUCACGGGCGAUGGGGACUCGGACGAUGGCGCGAGCGUGCAGGGCGAGGGCACGACGGGGAGCUUGAGCAGCGCGAAGGGCGUGGUAGUAUCGUCGAACAUGGUGCUUGGGCAACCGUGCGCGGCGGGGUGCGGGCACCAUUGUUGGGCGGUGCACGAUAAGGUGUAUCCUAUAUGACAUACGGGUGUUGUACGUGUCGGUAGUUGGACCGAGUGUAACCUCCUUUCGUGCCAG